GCCACUUCCAUUGUUCAACUUUUGGAUUUUGGACAUUUUGUUUCAUCCAUCACUGUUGUACACCGAUGCCUUGGAUGAAAUCUGGGCAUGGCGUUUUAUUUACAUUUCCUGAUUAUAUCAGCUCUACUCAUCUGCCUUUGUCCUGCUGAUGGUAAGUCUGCAGUGAAAAGGAUAUCGGAACCAACUACUCAAACAAAAUCAGUAACAUCUGAGCCUGUGAAGACCAAAUUACAGCUUGAACUACCUUCUCCCAAUGACAUAGUAACAACUGAAACUGGGGGGAAUAUAAUGGCAGUGGACCAAACAAGUUCAGCUGACACAGUCACCUCUGAGCCUGUUGGUGCCACCUUAGUAUCUGAACAAACCAGUCAAACAGAUUCAGUAACAUCGGACCAAGCAGAGUCCACGUCAUCCCCUGACCAAACCAAUCCCACUGACACAGUAACCUCAGAACAUGAAGAGACAACAAUUGCAUCUGAACCAACUUCUCUGACUGAACCAGAAACAUCUGAUCCUGCCGUGACCACAUCACAACCUGAACAAACCAGUCAAACUGAAUCAGUAACAUCUUACCCGGCAGAGACCACGUCAGCACCUGAGCAAACCAAUCCCACUGACAUGGUAACCUCUGAUUCUGGCCAGUCAACCAUGUCACCUGACCUUACAGGUUCUACAGACACAGUCACCUCUGAGCCUGCUGGUACCACCUUGGUAUCGGAAUCAAGCGGUCAGACUGAAUCAGUAACAUCUGACCCAGCGGAGACCACGACAGUACCUGAGCAAACCAAUCCUACUGACAAAGUCACUUCUGAGCCUGUUGGUAUCACCUUGGUAUCUGAUCAAACCAGUCAAACAGAUUCAGUAACAUCUGACCCAGCAGAGACUACAUCACCACCUGAUCAAACCAAUCCCACUGACACAGUAACAUCAGAUUCUGGCCAGUCAACCAUGUCACCUGACCUCACAGGUCCUACAGACUCAGUCACCUCUGAGCUUGCUCGUACAACCUUGGCAUCAGAAUCAACCGAUCCAACUGAAUCAGUAACAUCUGAGCAAACCAAUCCUACUGACAUAGUCACUUCUGAGCCUGUUGGUACUACCUUGGUAUCUGAUCAGACCAGUCAAAGAGAUUCAACAACAUCUGACCCAGCAGAUACCACAUCAGCAUAUGAGCAAACCAAUCCCACUGACAUAGUAACUUCAGAUUCUGACAAGACAACCAUAUCACCUGAACUCACAGGUCCUACAGACACAGUAACCUCUGAGCCUGCUGGUACCACCUUGGUAUCAGAAUCAACUGAUUCAACUGAAUCAAUAACACCUGAGACGGCAGAAACCACGUCAGCACCUGAUCAAACCAAUCCCACUGACAUGGUCCUACAGAUACAGUAA